AUGAAUCAUUAUUCACAUAUUAAGAAUAAAAAAAUAUUUUAUACACCAAUCAAGAAUCUAAGUGAACUUGAAAAUCUUGCAUUUUACGAUCAUCAGCUUUAUGAUCAUGCGUUUAAUGGCAGUAUAAGCGCUCCAGUUCAUGAAAAACUGCGAACUGGUGCUAAAGUAUUAGAAUUUGG